CCGUCACCAUUUUCAAUUUCAUGCAUUUUUGUGAAAGUCAUCGUCUGGCGGAGAAGAAAGAAGUUGGCGUAAUAAAAUUCGCUUAUUUGGUGGUAAUUUUGCUCGCAAACGGAACGAAAAUUGUGAAGAAACGAUGAAGCUGAACAUAACUUCCGCCGCCGGCAUCAUCUGCCUGCUGGACGAACCGAUCCAGGAGCUGAAGGUGUUUGCGCUGAAGAAGCUGGACACGAUCGUGGACGAGUUUUGGCCGGAGAUUUCCGAGGCGGUGGAGAAGAUCGAGAUUCUGCACGAGGAUAAAGGGUUUCAGCAGCACGAUUUGGCCGCGUUGGUUGCGUCGAAGGUUUAUUACCAUUUGGGGUCGUUCGAGGACUCGCUGACGUAUGCGCUGGGCGCGGGGGAUCUGUUUGAUGUGAACGCGCGCAACGAGUACGUGGACACGAUCAUCGCCAAGUGUAUUGAUCACUAUACGCAGUUGCGGGUGCAGCUGGCGGAGAAUCCGGCCAAGGCGAAGCCGAUCGAUGCGAGGUUGGAGGCGAUCGUGAAUCGGAUGAUUCAGCGCUGUUUGGACGAUGGACAGUACAGGCAGGCGCUGGGGAUUGCGCUGGAGACGCGCCGGAUGGACGUGGUGGAGUCGUCGAUCAUGAAGGCGGACGACAUUGCGGGGAUGUUGGCGUAUGCGUUUCAGGUCACCAUGAGCCUGAUUCAGAAUCGCGCGUUCCGAAACACGGUGCUGCGAUGUCUCGUUGGUCUGUACCGCAAUCUGGGCGUUCCGGACUACGUCAACAUGUGCCAGUGUCUGAUCUUCCUGGAGGAUCCGCUGGCCGUCGCUGAACUGCUGGACAACCUGACCAAGGGCGGGGAGCACUCGGUUCUGAUGGCGUACCAGAUCGCGUUCGAUUUGUACGAGUCGGCCACGCAGCAGUUCCUGGGACAGGUGCUGCAAGCGCUCAAAGCCACGGCGCCGAUUCCGUCGGCGUUGAUUUCGAACUUGAAGCCGCAGGGCACGAACGCUGCUGGGGCGGCAGCUGCGCCGGAAGUUAAGCAGGAACCGAAGGAGGUUGGGGAGGAGAGCGAGGGUGGCGAUGCCAAGAUCGAACGCACCGUGGACAGUUUGAACGAGAGCGAGAAGACGCACCAGGCGAACAUUGAGAAGCUGGCGGGGAUAUUGUCCGGGGAGAUUACGAUCGACCUGCAGUUGCAGUUCCUGAUCCGGAGCAACCACGCGGAUUUGCAGAUUCUGCGCGCGACGAAGGAGGCGGUUCGGGUGUCGAUUUGCCACACGGCGACGGUCAUUGCGAACGCGUUUAUGCACAGCGGCACGACGAGCGAUCAGUUUCUGAGGGAUAAUUUGGAGUGGUUGGCGAGGGCUACGAAUUGGGCCAAGUUGACGGCGACGGCCUCGCUGGGAGUGAUUCACCGCGGGCACGAGACGGAAUCGCUCGCGUUGAUGCAGAGUUAUCUGCCGAAGGAGAGUGGACCGAGCUCGGGGUAUUCCGAGGGUGGUGGCCUGUACGCGCUCGGGCUGAUCCACGCCAAUCACGGGGCGAACAUCAUCGACUAUCUGCUGCAGCAGCUGAAGGACGCCCAGAACGAGAAUGUCCGCCACGGAGGGUGUUUGGGGUUGGGUUUGGCCGCGAUGGGAACUCACCGGCAGGACGUGUACGAGCAGUUGAAGUUCAACCUGUACCAGGACGAUGCCGUGACGGGUGAGGCGGCUGGAAUCGCCAUGGGAAUGGUCAUGCUCGGUUCGAAGCAUGCUCCGGCCAUCGAGGACAUGGUCGCGUACGCCCAGGAGACCCAGCACGAGAAGAUCCUUCGUGGGUUGGCGGUCGGAAUUUCGCUGACCAUGUACGCACGGUUGGAGGAGGCGGAUUCGCUGGUGACCAGCCUGUCCAACGACAAGGACCCGGUGCUGCGUCGCAGUGGAAUGUACACCAUUGCUAUGGCCUACUGCGGAACCGGUAACAACCAGGCGAUCCGCAAGCUGCUGCACGUGGCCGUCAGCGAUGUCAACGACGAUGUUCGUCGUGCCGCCGUCACCGCCAUCGGAUUCAUCCUGUUCCGUACGCCGGAGCAGUGCCCAUCAGUUGUGUCCCUCCUGGCCGAGUCCUACAACCCGCACGUCCGUUACGGCGCGGCCAUGGCUCUUGGAAUCGCCUGCGCCGGAACCGGCCUGCGCGAAGCCAUCGCCCUCCUCGAGCCGAUGGCCAAGUUCGACCCCGUCAACUUUGUCCGCCAGGGCGCCCUCAUCGCCUCGGCCAUGAUCCUGAUCCAGCAAACCGACCAAACCUGCCCCAAGGUCACCUUCUUCCGUCAACUCUACACCCAGGUCAUCACCAACAAGCACGAGGACGUGAUGGCCAAGUACGGCGCCAUCCUGGCCCAGGGCAUCAUCGACGCCGGUGGCCGCAACGUCACCGUCAGCCUCCAGUCCCGCACUGGCCACACCAACCUCCAGGCCGUCGUCGGAAUGCUCGUCUUCACCCAGUACUGGUACUGGUUCCCGCUCGCCCACUGUCUCUCCCUCGCCUUCACCCCAACCUGCCUGAUCGCACUCAACUCCGACCUCAAAAUGCCCAAGGUCGACCUCAAAUCCGCCGCCCGCCCCUCCCUCUACAGCUACCCCGCUCCCCUCGAGGAAAAGAAGCGCGAAGAACGCGACAAGGUCGCCACCGCCGUCCUCUCCCUCGCGGCCCGCGCCAAGCGCCGCACCGGAGACAAGAAAAAGGACAACGCCAAGGACGCCGACUCCAAGAUGGACGUCGACGACGAAUCCGGCGCCACCCCUCCCAAGGACGACCUGUCCGCCACGGUCAAGGCCAAGGAGGAAGCCAAAACCACCCCCGUCAAGGAGGACAAAAAGAAGGAGGCCAAGCCGAAGGACGCCGCCACCCCGUCACCGGCCCCCGCCGAAGAAACCCCGGCAACCGCCGCCGCUGCGACUGCAGCGGAGAAGAAGACCCCCAAGGAACCGGAGCCCAGCUUCGAGAUUCUGCACAAUCCGGCCCGGGUGAUGCGCGCCCAGCUGAAGGUGAUUAGCAUUGCCGAGGGGACGCCGUUCACCCCGCUGAAGGACGUCGCCAUCGGGGGGAUCGUGAUGAUGCAGCACAAUGCGGCCGCUGGCGAGCAGGUGCUGGUGGAGCGCGUCACGGCGUACGGACCGAAGAAUGACGACCUGAAGGAGCCGGAAGCGCCGGAGCCGUUUGAGUACAUUGAGGAUUAAAUGGAUGGGUUUUAAUUGUAUCGAUUAUCCUAUAUUCAUUGUAACAGUUCUGUAUUUGAUGCGAUUGUCCUAAUAAAGCUUACAUGCAAA